UUCGGGUCGGAACGGCCCCUCUUUCAAUAAGUGUGCGUCGUGCGCGGCUUUUUUCGAAGACCCGUAGUGUGUGUUUCUCUUUCUUAUCUCUCCGAUAGAGAGAGGGAAAAAAUUCUUCUGUCUUCGAGUGCGUGAUCGUGUUUUUCGACUCCACUGGCUCACCCACCGUAAACUCAGCGGGUGGCGCGUGCGCGUGUGAUGCGCAUUUUUUUGCCGGGAUAGAUAACGCGUCUUUCUUGCCGCGCGCUCCUGAAGAACGAGCGCGCGCAAGUUGUGCGGAAAAGUGUCCGACACCACCACGAUGGCAGCCUUGGCUGCCUUUUCGCAAGCGCUGCUGCCGCAACGUUGUCGUCGUCCUACUCGAACGGGAUGCACUGUGCCGACCUCGUCACCAACUCCGGAGACGACCAGUGUUUGUGUCGAGCAUUCGUGGAUUCGGUACUUAAUCGUCGUCCUGUGCCUACUAGUCCCGAGCGUCGCAUCUUCGUCUCACCUGCCGCUUCUCUCGGGCACUCUGAAGACGUUCCAGAAGUUCGCGUGCGACGGCCAGGAGCUGCAACUGCGCUGCUUUCGCAAUACGAGCAUAUCCAUUUCCGUGGCCCAGUACGGACGCUCCGUGCCCUACCACAUGUUGUGCCCGCCGCCAACACACGAUGAAGGGGGCGCUGCGAGCGCGAAACCGGCGCAAGAAUACAACGGCAGCGUCGAGUGCAUCGCUAAGGAGGCACUGAGGGUGGUAGAGGCUGCGUGUCGGGAGAAAGAAGAGUGCACAGUCAAGACGGACGCCAAGUCGUUCAUGGUGGACCCGUGUCCCGGCGUUCACAAGUACGCCGAGGUCGCGUACAAGUGUCGACCGACCACGUUUUCGAACCGGAUAGUAUGCGAGAACGACGUCCUCAACCUACGCUGCCACAAGAAUCUGCGCAUCGUAAUCUACUCGGCCAAUUUCGGCGGCACCGAAAAGGGCGUGCCGGAAUGUCCGCAGAGACAGGACGUCAAGCUGUCCGAUUGUCAGGUGAGCUACGCAACUGAGACGGUGCUCACGACGUGCCACGGGCGGCGAAAAUGCACCGUGGCAGCUGACAUGGGCACCUUCGGAAAUCCAAGCUGCCACAAGGACUCCCGGCUCUUCCUCAAGGUCGUUUACACGUGCGUGCCUAAGGAGAUACUGAAGGACUUGGACAUCGGUGGCAGCGACUCGGCCAAGGACAAACUGGACGAAGACGAGGAGGGGUACGUGGAGGAGGCCCGCUACCAGCCGUCCACUUUCAGUCCCGCCGGAGACCCGUACGCAUCGGCCAAGCCUCUUCCAGCGCGGCCAAUGGACCGAAAUGCACUACCAGUGGCGCCGAACAAGAAGAACGACGUACAGAGUGACCGGACCGCUGAAGACGAAAAGCACGUAAACUGCACGUUGGGCGGCAACGGUCACCGAGCUGUGGGCUUCGUCACCGAAUGGGUCGCUGCAUACAAGUUUAUACAAGCGAACAAAGAGAAAUUCAUCUUGUACGUGACGCUGAGCGUGGGCUGCGGCGUGGUCGCGUUCCUCGUGGUGCUCUCGGCCCGGCUGUACGUGCAGCGACGCCGGGAUAGGCAGCGAGCCAAAGCCAAGUGUUCGGAACCAUUGUCUUGCUCCUUCGACGAUUCUGAUGGCGGCGGGGGUGGAGACCAGUUCGACGUCACCGGGGGCCGUCACGCCCACACCAUCGAAGUGGUGCGGUACGCCAACAGGUCCGGGAUGCGUCGCCAGGACAGCGACACGCAUCCUCGGGCUCCCAUGUCGCGGUCUAUGAACAACUACUACUACAGCUAGUGGUAAUGGGCCGAGGAGGUGACACGUUUCGCGCUGCCCCUGUUUAUUUAAUUGAUUUUUUUCUCCCUUUUCUCGUCUGGUCACCCCCUCGAGCCGCCGAAGUGCGCACAGCCAGGAUCACGUUGACGCCAAAGAUAAACUAUACGGGAUUGAACUCAAGCGAGCGUAUUAACAGCGCCUCUCUGUGUGAGA